AUGGUUUUCAUGUGCAAACCCUUUUCUUGCCGGUCAAUAUUCCAGGUGAACCCUCCCGAUGUCGUUCCCUCCGAUCAAGUUGAAGUAGACUUCUCUGAUGUGUUUGGUCCUCUACCAGUUCAGCCGCCGAAUGAAGUUAGUAAUGGAGUAUCAGAAGAUCUUAUCAAUGGCCAUCCAGUGAUCACUCACAACCAAUCAAAUUCAACGGUAGGUCUCUCUGCUCUGAAGCUUCACAAUCUCACCAUAGACGACACAGAAUACUCAAAGAAACUUGCAGAAUGGGUUAUUAAUGAGUCCAUCAAAGAAUAUCAAGUGCUUUCUUCUAUUGGUGUUGGAGAACCUUCCGUUCAACUCGAUGGUAUUUCCAUGAAGGUCCGGACAGUAGGGCUCGAAGACUUUGAGGUCAUGAAGCUUGUUGGGAAGGGGGGCUUUGGAAAAGUAUUUCAGGUGAGAAAGAAAGACACAUCAGAAAUAUACGCAAUGAAAGUCAUUCGAAAGGACAAGAUUAUAGAGAAAAACCAUGUGGAGUACAUCAAAGCCGAGAGGGAUAUUUUGGCAAAGAUUGAUCACCCUUUUAUCGUCAAGCUUCGAUACUCAUUCCAAUCCCUAGAAAAACUUUACCUCGUUAUGGACUUUAUCAAUGGUGGACACCUCGUUUUCCAUCUCCACCGCCAUGGCCUUUUCAGAGAAGAUCUGGCGCGUAUAUACGCCGCCGAGAUUGUUUCGGCAGUGUGUCAUCUUCAUGAAAAUGGCAUAAUACAUAGAGAUCUUAAGCCUGAAAACAUCCUAUUAGAUUCAGAGGGUCAUACCAUAUUGACUGAUUUUGGGUUGGCCAAAAAGUUCGAAAACAGUACAAGAUCAAACACCAUCUGUGGAACCGUAGAAUAUAUGUCGCCGGAGAUCAUUCUGGGUAAGGGUCAUGAUCAGGCUACAGACUGGUGGAGCGUCGGAGUCUUGUUGUUCGAAAUGCUCACCGGGAAGCCUCCGUUUACCUACCGGAAUCGGGAAAAAGUUCAGAGAAAGAUAGUGAAAGAUAAGCUGAAGUUGCCGUCGUUUUUGUCUAGUGAAGCACAUUCUUUAUUAAAAGGGUUGCUUCAAAAGGAUCCAAGCAGGCGGCUGGGCAGAGAUGCUAUAAUGAAACAUAAAUGGUUUAAGGCAAUUAACUGGAAGAAAGUGGAGGCAAGGGCACUCCGCCCAAGUUUCCGGCCGGAAGUUGCCGGAAAACACUGCGUUGACAACUUUGAUAAGAGGUGGACCGAAAAGCCAUUGUCAGAUUCUCCAGUUUCAAGUCCAAGAAAGAGUGGGAAUUUCAACUUUUUCCAGGGUUUUAAUUUUGUUAGAGCUGAAGGUUGGGUUCUUUCUCCAUAG